UAGCGUCCUCGCACGUCCCCUCGUGGCAGCCUGCGGUGCAGGCGAGCCUCUGGCUUUGCGGCUCCGCAGCUAGUCAGUCGCCUUGGGUCUAGCGUCGCCCGGGAUCAGCGCGCGUGCCCAACUUCCUGUCCGCCCUACCGCCAGGCCUGGGGCGACGCCUCGAGGUAAAAUCUAGGAGGUGCGGGAGGCUAACUCUGUGUAGGCCCUGUUGUCCGGGAGAAUCCUGAGGCUCUCGGCGGCGCGGGAGCGGAGGCGAUGGCGGAGGAGCAGGAAUGCGAUUUCAGGAAGUCGUGUGCGGACUCUGAGGCAGCGGCGGCUGCAGAACCUCUCCCUUCGGAGACCACCGCCGUCGCCGCAGAGUCGCCGGAACUCGAGAACUACAGUAGCAAGUGCGUGUUCUGCCGGAUCGCGGCGCAGCAGGAUCCCAGCACUGAACUCCUGUACUGUGAGAAUGAAGAUCUAGUUUGCUUCAAAGAUAUCAAGCCAGCAGCACCUCAUCAUUAUCUUGUGGUGCCAAAGAUGCAUAUUGGAAACUGCAGAUAUCUAAAGAAAGAUCAAAUAGAACUGGUGAAAGAUAACAUGAAAACUUAUAAACAAAUAGAAUGGAUAAAGAAGAUGUGGUACAUAUAUACAAUGGACUAUUACUCAGCCAUAAAAAGGAACGGAAUUGUGCUAUUUGCAGAGACGUGGAUGGACCUAGAGACUGUCAUACAGCGUGAAUUUCUUUACUGUUUUGUAGUUGAGAACAUGGUAACUGUUGGGAAAACCAUUCUUGAAAGGAAUAAUUUCACUGACUUCAAAAAUACGAGAAUGGGUUUCCAUGUGCCACCAUUCUGUUCCAUUUCCCAUUUGCACCUUCAUGUUCUGGCACCAGCCGAUCAGCUUAGCUUCUUAUCAAAAUUGGUUUAUAAAGUGAAUUCCUAUUGGUUUAUCACAGCUGAUUAUUUGAUUGACAAACUAAGAACAUGAAAAUGUCAACAGUGGAAGAUUUUCCUAAUUUUAGCUCAACAUAAACUAAUAUUCUGCUCUCUUUGAAGUCUAAUUACAAUUGGGUUUUAUGUGAAGCUAUUACUAGGUAGUCUUAAAUUGUUUCUUAAUGUUUGUUUCCUGAAAUCUGUGAUAUAGUUAUAUGAAUAUUUUGUCAUUGACUUUGUUUUAGUGGUUCCUUAUCUAAGGUAUUAGAUACUAUAGAUAAAAUCCCAUUAGAACAAAUUUUGUUAAUCAAGAAGGGCUCUGUAUUUUUUUUAAAGUUCAAACAUUUUAAUUUCUCAAUAGUCAAUUAUAAUAGUGAUUUAUUUAUGAAGAAUAAACUGGUAUAAAAAGUACUUUGUUGGAGCCUUUAUUAUAUGAAGGAGAAAGAGAAAUUAUUUCUUGAUUGUUCUAUAAUUUUACACAUAAAAUUUCAAAAUAAAGAGUACCAUACUACACAGUGA